AUGGAUAUCGAUUUCGCCGCAUUCGUAGAAGAAUAUAAACCAAAACUUCUUGAACACCUACAGAGUAACGAAACGAAAUUCUAUCUUAGACGAAAGUUCGGAAAGGUGAAUGACUCUUACGAAUUCACACUUACGACAUUGGACGGCAGCCGACCUAUGAUGGAUCUAUUUUGGUUGUACAGCGCAGCAAAUGAAUCAUGGGUGGGAGGAACUUCAUCCGAUGGAACCAAAUACAAGUACACUUAUCCUAGAAUUACUGAUAUUUGUGCGGCAGACUUACUCGGUCAUAUCUUUUGGAUACCCUGUGAUCCGGAGUUAAUCCUCAAGACAGAGUAUGGUCCUCAGUGGUACAAAGAUCAUCCAACAAGUAGGUUUUCUUGGAGUUCAUCUCAUUACAAUGUGAAGAAAAACGGGAAAUGGACAUCCCAGGAAAUGAAGGAAGUGUACAAAACUCGGAAAGAUAUGUGUUGGUUGCUCCUUAAAACGAGUGUAGAAGAUGAUAAAAUUCUCACGAGAGACGAGAUAAGGGCGAAACUUGUAGAAAUGUGCAAUUAG